AUGAGCAGGAUGGCGAAACAGGAGUUGCUGGCAUCAAUACAAGACCGCUACCCGGGGUCUUCCAGAAAGGACAAGAGCCGGAUCCUCGACGAGUUCAUCGCCGUGACCGGCCAUCACCGGAAGCAUGGUAUUCGCCUGCUGGGACAAUCGGGCGACGCCGGAGACCACGUGCCUGGGGUGAAAGGCCGGCGGAUCUACGACGAGGCAGUUCGGGAGGCGGUGAUCCUGGUGUGGGAAGCAUCGGACCGCAUCUGCGGCAAGCGUCUGAAGGCGGCGUUGCCCCACCUGGUGGAGUCCAUGGAACGCCACGGCCACCUGGACCUGGAUCCCGAGGUCAGGGAGCGUCUGCUGUCCGCCAGCGCGGCCACCCUGGACCGGUUGCUGAAACCGGUCCGCGCCACGGUGGCCAGCCGGCGCAAACGACGCCGGAAUCUGAGUGCGGGGCGGAACAUCCCGUCCGGACCUUCGCCGAUUGGAACCGCCCCUCCCCCGGGCUUCUUGUAA